GUGCCAAGUCUUCCUCCGACGGAUAUCCGAGCAUACAACACAAGCUCGACAAGUUUGACGGUGACGUGGAAUCCCGUACCGCAGGGGUAUACCCACGGGAUUGUCGUGGGGUAUUUGGUUUUCUACAAAAGACAGCAAGAUGUUGACGGGAAUUUCAUUAAUGCAUCAAGCCUUGUGCUCUCUGCGGAUCUUGAAGGUCUCGACAAAUUUACAGUGUAUGUUGUAAAAGUGUUGGCGUUCACCAUAAAAGGAAAUGGUGUGAUUUCAAAUGAAACCAGUGUAAGGACACACGAAGACGGUGGGUAAAAUAUAAUUAUUGUAAGCAAAUAAAAGUAUUAUGUGAACCUUAGUAGAAUGGGUUCGGAAUUUUUUUGCUCAUUUUUGACUUUGAGACACUAUAUAGCAAAGGUUUAAUCUCAAGGCUCAUAAUUAACUUAUCAGGCGACCCAGUCACCACUAGUUAAAGGCAUACUUCAUAAAUCUGCCCGGAAACAUACGGAAUUAAUAUGUCGUUUAUUUCUUAAAGAUAUACAAGGUGUCCCAAAAGUUCGUUCCUCUAAUUUCAUGCGCUAUAACUUUUGAUCAAAGCUUUAUUCUUGCAUGAAAUUUAUAAAAGAUGUUUAUUGCUUUAUCGAGUACAUGUAUUCAGAAUUUAAGUAACCAGCAUUCCGCCUUUGUUUUUUUUAUCAUAUUCUGUAGCCGUUGCGGCAUGAAGUUUGAGACGAGCUGAUUGUGUUUGGCAGACUAAGCAGAGGUUUUGUUGUCAUCUCUGGGGCCUCUAACCUUUGCUUUCAUGAAACUGCUCUAAACUUGGCUUGCUAACUAUUGUGAGAGCUAUCUCGCUGAGAAGUCUCUUUUAUAUCUCACCUUCUUCAAAACUAUUUUAGCCGUUUUAUUCAGGACUAUCAGUCUUCCCCUUCCUUUUUUGUCUUCAAAACCCUCAUUUCUCGAUGACCAUUUCACCAACCCAACAUUCGGAUUUUUCCAGUUUUUUAGCAGUUAUUUCUACUGAUAAGCCGGUAAAUCGAAGUAAACAUUCUUAUGCUCUCAUGUAGCUGAACGUUUUUUCGUUAAGAGGGUUUUUUCUUUCAUGAUAUUCACAAAACACAAGGAAGGAGUUUGAGCAAAUUGGGCUACAGAAUACGAAAAAUAUGUGGCGGGAAAAUGUACUCGCGCACGCGCACCUUUGGCGCGAAGUACACAAAUCGAAUCAGUAGAGUCACAAGAUGGCACACCAAGUAUAAAAUAUUAAUUAAAAUUAUAUUAUGAAACACAAGUUUUGUUUAAGCGAUUUGCUUACCAUGUCUAAUCGGACUACAUUACAGUCUUAGAAAGUAGAGGAACGAACUUUUGGGACACCCUGUACAGAGAGUAGGUAGUUACUAUUUUUGUAAGUUCCUCACCUAACUGCGUGGAAGGCACCUCAAAAGAAAACCAUUUCCCUUUAAAAGAAUGUUUGGGUGUUUACUUGAGCUUUAGUUUGUUUUUUAGCACAUCUUUAUUUUCAUUUUAGUACCAAGUCUCCCACCGUCAAACCUCAGGGCACACAAUACCAGUUCAACCAGCCUACGGGUCACGUGGCUGCCUGUACCUCAAGAGUUUCUCCAUGGAAUUCUUGUCGGAUAUCGUCUCUUUUUUAAGGCAGAACAAAGCCUGGUUUAUGAAAACUUGACAGUAGUUAAUCGAACUCUGGAAUUAACAGGACUGGAAAAGUUCACAAACUAUUCUGUGAAGGUUUUGGCGUUCACUCGUAUUGGAGAUGGAAAUGUAUCACAUUCAGUGACUGUGUCGACUGAUCAGGAUGGUUCGUGAAAUACUAUUUUUCCUAAUUCGUUUAAUUUAACAGGUUAGCUGACAAGCACAGCGGUUUUUUCUCGCGGCUCCAUCUGUCGGUAUCGCCUUCUCCGGGAAUUUUCCUUCAUAAUGCGCCAUGGAAAUUCGCAAACAAUUUAUCGGGACACUAAGUUUUGGUCCGUUUAUUUACUGAAGUUACGUUAACUUUUGUACUAAUGAAAGAAACCGUCCUGGAAUCGGGUAAAGAGGCCUUAAAACCUGUGAGAGUUGAGGGACUGAAAAAGAAACAGUUUAUUAUUUGUAGAACUAAUUCCAAGGACAAUAGCUAGGGACACUCUAAACUAUUCAAAAUGAAUAACUCAUUGACAGAAGCUCUUGUUGUAUUUAGGUCACUGAGAGAAGUUCCAUUCCUUUUCUUUCUGAAUACUUACCUGAGAUGUGUACAAUUUAAUCAAUAUUUUUAUUUACAGUUCCCAGCCUCCCACCAACGGAUGUGAGCGCACAUAACACAAGUUCCACCAGUCUUCAUGUAACCUGGCAUGAAGUGCCCAAAGGCUUUGUUCACGGCAUCCUGCUUGGUUAUCGCGUUCUUUACAAAAUAGCAAAUGUAACUGGGAACAAAAGUAUUACUACAACGUCAGAAACAACUAAUAAAAGAGAGUUGCAAGAACUAAAGAAAUUCACCAUGUAUGAGAUCAAUGUACUGGCGUUUACAGCCAUUGGGGAUGGAGCAAAUUCCAAGAGCAUACAUGUCUCGACUGAUGAGGACGGUAAGAGGUUAAUUUGAUUACUUUGAUGGCGAUGAUGAUGGCGAUGAUGAUGAUGAUGAUGAUUAUUAUUAUGAUGAUGAUUAUUAUUAUUAUUAUUAUUAUUAUUAUUAUUAUUAUUAUUAUUAUUAUAUGAGAAUCUUUAUAAUCAUUCUUCGGAGUGAUUAAAGUACUGUAAAUAGAAGCAGGGUUCGCUGACAGUACUCACUGCACAUGAUCUCUCUGAGAGGUAAAUAUCCGAUAAACAAUUCCAUCGCAAACAAUUGACAUCUAAUUGUUUCAUUAUAGCAGAAAACUUGCUAAGUCAUUAACGAUAAAAGUAUGGUGUAUUUUGAUUGUAACAACGGUCGGAGAUAUAAUGCCCAUAAGUAAACAACAGUGACGCGAAUUUUAACACACAUACAUGUAAGCAGCUUUUUGCCCCUUUAAAAACGCGUACCCUUACGGUUUUAUACCUCUUUCUACCUCAAAAAAACAAAGGAUCCUUUACACCAAGACAACAAACUGAACGUAUACUUUCAAUAAAUUAAUUGUAGUUCCCAGUCUACCUCCGGUUGACUUGUCUGCACAUAAUACCAGUUCUACGAGUAUCCGAGUGACCUGGGGCGAGGUACCUGAAGGAUACGUUCAUGGAAUUCUACAAGGUUACCGCGUGUUUUACAGUGAGAUGACCGCAAACAGGAACAUCAGCUACUUGAAAGUAACAACUGACCCAGAAAAUCGCCAGCUUCGGAUCACAGGACUGAAAAAGUUUACCAAAUAUUCACUGAAGGUUUUAGCUUUCACAAGAAAAGGUGACGGAGCUGUUUCUACCGAUAUCUCGGUCGUCACAGACGAAGACGGUAACUAUUAUUCCAUUGUAGUUAAUAGAAUGACGCCUCAGGGCAGCGCAUUGAGGAUUUACGGACGGGUGUGAAUUGUUGAACACAACUAUUAUGAUUUAAUGUUCAAGCUAUAAACUCAAAGCAUAUGAAAAUAUAUAAAUUGUUAUUUGUUUACACAGGUAAAUUAAUUUUAGGAAAAUUUAAACAGAACUAUCUUAGAAAGAGAUCAAUAAUUUCUGAUGGUGAAGAGAUGCAGUCCAUACCCAUGCAGCCUGCGGAAACAAAACAAAUCAAAAUUGAUACACUAAAGUUACCAUCGCCUUUUUUAGCAUUCCUUAUCUAUGGCAGAAUAAAAGAAAUUUCCUUAAAUGAAUCCCUUUAAUUUCUCUCUGUGUUGUGAUUUUGCGUACUGUUUUCGUUUUUUAGUGGUUUUUUAAAUCUCUUAGUUCCCAGUUUACCUCCCCAAAACGUCCAGUCUUACAACACGAGCUCUACCAGUGUGAAUGUAACCUGGGAAGAUGUCGCAAUUGGUUUUAUCCAUGGGAUUCUCAAAGGCUAUCGAGUAUUCUAUAGCAGAACCAAAGACAAUGGUGCCGCAUUAAGACAGGCUGUCAUUCGUGCUGAUAAGCACUAUGUUCAUCUGGAAGGACUGGCUAAAUUCACAAAUUAUACAAUACAAGCGGCUGCUUUCACAAGGAUUGGAUAUGGCGCCAAGUCAACAAAAUUGAUAGUCUCUACAGACGAGGAUGGUAUUAAGUUUCAUUUAUUACUUACUAUGCUCAAGUAGUUUGAAAGAUAAAUUUAUUUUAGCAAAAUACAAAAGGCUUACAAUAGCAGAGGAACGCUCAGCAAUGCAAGUGAAACACUUUUAUUUGUAUUUAGGCAGGACUUUAGGGUGCUUAUAUUUAAACAAUCCGUCAGCUUAUUCUAAAAGUAAAGUUAGAACAGGUUUUUAAAGACCCAUGUCAACUAUAACCACCUUUCCCACUUCUUUGUUUGUUUUUUCGUGUGUUUUCGUUUAUUGGGUUUUUCCCUUUAAACAGUUCACUUGCAAACUAUUUACAUAAGGGUUUAACACACGAAAAAAGUAAUAAAAAUCGUGAAACUAUACAGCUAUGAAGGUCGAUACUGUUUGCUACUAUGACACGAACAAGGUAAAAAGUAAAGAGGGGUCAUCUGACAAAUUUAAAUGCAGAUCAUGAAACUUUAAAAAGUUUUACCUCACUCAUGAGACCGAAUAGGAUUGGCUGACUUUCUUUCUGUCUCUGUUUUGCUUGACUUUGUAGUUCCCAGUCUUCCUCCUCAAAACCUCUGGGCUAACAACAUCAGUUCAACAGCAUUAAUAACCAAGUGGAAUCCAGUUCCUCUGGGAUUCGUACACGGCAGACUACGGGGUUAUAGGGUGCUUUACAAGGAGAAAAACAACCCAUCUGCUCAAUACACUAUAAUCACCGUUCCACCCGAUAUCAGGAUGCAAAUAAUGAGCAAUCUUAAGAAGUUUACUUACUACACCAUACGGGUACUUGCGUUUACUAUAAAAGGUGAUGGUGCUCUGUCACCACCGCUGAAUGUGACAACAGAUGAAGAUAGUAAGUAUAAGAGUGACCUUACCCCGCAAAAUCAGUCCCUUUUUUCGAUUUAACCAAAUUUACCGUAAAAUCCUCCAUUGAUAAGCCCUGGGAGCGGGGGGGUGCUUAUUUAUUUAAAACACAUUUGACGGGGAGCGUAUUUGAGAGGGGGCAUAAUAGAGGAUUUACGGAAAGAGCGUCGCGUGUAGAAGCUUUUAUUUAAAAAGUCACACCAGUUUUAUGAGUAAAUUUUAAAGCACACAAACUGUAUACGAGAAGAGCAGGUGAAAUUCAUGACCUGUCGUUACGAACGUGGGGCAAGCGAAUAAAGAAUUUAACACAAUUCAGUUUCCCUGAAGAAAAUGAAACCCUCACAUCAGAACUCCAAAUGGACUAUUCAUCCAUUUGUCAAUAAUGGAAAGACCUCAAAACCAAGGAGAGUAUUAAAAAGGAAUUCAUCAUCUAGGUUCAAAUGGAACCGGGUGUCAGAACCGGAAGUUUUUCUUCGUUACACGCUUGUUUCCUUUCCAAGAAGUUUAAAAUUUAUCAUCUUAAAAGAUUUGUCACACGGAAUGUUCAUAAGAAUUUCAGAGUGAAAAGGUUUGAAGGGUUUGGGUGCUGCUAAAACAUUGAUUGAAUAAUUGUUUUCCAGUUCCGAGUGAGCAACCACAAAACGUUUACCCCAGAGACAAAGCUAGCGCUACAGAAAUCUAUCUGUCAUGGGCUCCACCCCCUCCAGACAAAAUCCACGGUAUUCUAAGAGGUUACUUCAUUUGGUACAGCAUCAUAACACUUGGAAUCGACAGAAGAGAUCCAGUCUUUCCCCUAGACUAUACCAAGAAACGAUUGUCAUCUGAUUCAGUUAAAGACACACUGAUUAAUCUGCAAACAUAUGCACGAUACGACAUCAAAAUAGCUGCCUUUACAAGUAAAGGGCAUGGCCCUAUUAAAGAGAUCUCCACAAGUAAGUUUUAUUUCGUAUUCAAGAGAAGGUUGAUAAUUUUACGAAGAGAAUAAAAUUUAGAUUUUAAAUUGCCACCCUGUGCGGCGCAAACAUUUGCUAAGAAUAGGGAAAUGCAUUAAAUACGUUCCAUCUAUUUUGAAGAACUUGGGUGUUGUCUUUGAACUAAAGUGACGUCCACAUCAACACAGUCGUCCCUAUCCAAGAGAACCUCAGUACAAAAAUCCGCGAAAUUUUUGUCUGAAAAACGGCGGAUUUACAAGCAUGUCUCCAGUCAGAAGGAAUUAAGUUUCUCAACUGCUUAUAAAUUGGGCCAGUUCUUACUCAAAACAGACAGUUAUGUUAUUUAGGGAUUAAAGAAACGUUAUCUAAAAAAAACGUUAAACGUCACCUUACAAGUUAAACCAGGUACGUGCAUGGUGCUGACAACACUAAACUUGAUAAGCGUAACAGUGACAAAAAUAUCGCAGUUUAUAUUCUGUAAACGUCUUUCAUUUUACUUUCAACAAUUUGAUACCAUUUCUAAACCAUUUUUUCUGCACAUAACGGCCAAUUCCUUCUAAGUGCUUGUCCUUACCAUAUCUGUUUCCUCAGGGACUUGCAGAUGUCGGUCUAUGAUACCAACUAACUGGUGGAAUAAUCCCCCGUACGUUACGACCCAAAUCUCCAGCAACAGUAGCCGUGAAGGUGGCAUACUACCAGUUAUACUAGAGAGUAUUGUCACUUCCUGCUGUCAAGAGUGCGAGUUUGGCACGGCAACGGUGGACUUCAAAUUGGACGCAAAUGGGUUAGAUGCCCAGAAAGAUGGCGUAAUUCAGGUUAAAGACGCUAUAAGUAGCAAGACUAUGAUCUCUUUUGGUAUUACUGGAGUGAUGCCCCAGGAAAAGUACUAUAGCGCUGACGGAGAAGCAGAGUAUGUUCCCAUCAUGGAGACACCUGGUGUCGCCUUCAUUGUGGCGGAGAGAAGGUUAGAUUACCGCAGCUGAUCUCUCUUAAACUACCGUAGAUGGAGAGUAUUAUUAAGCAAUAGACCACACUUUCUAUGGGUUUACCGGCAUGAUAACCCACGCGGGAUGUUGGGAGAACACGAGAAAAGAAGCUUUUCGAGUAUUCUCCCAACAUCCCAAGUGGGUUAUCAUGCCGGUAACCCAUAAAGAAAGUGUGGUCUAAUUUGCUUUUAUAAAAUAACUUUAAGUUUUUUAUGAGUUUAGAACCAAUCAGAACGCGGGUACUAUCUUAGUUAUUUUAUAAUAAACAAUAUCCUUUACUGAAAAAUACCUCGAGUGGAAAGCAAAAGCCAAAAUCUAUUUGAAACCAAAAGAUCAAAUAACAUUAAGGAACCUUGUUUCAAGAGACGUCGUCUCUCCUGUUGCCUGGUAGCAUCCCUUGUUACCUUUUGGUUCUUUUGGCUACACACGAGUAGGUUAAAAAGGUAUCAAGAAAAAAAAAUUCCAUGCUGCUAUGCUUACCAUGUCAGUCCCUCGUUUAACCAGGUACUUUGAUUUAGGCGUAAGUAACGAGAUUCAUAAUUAAUUUAGUGAAGAUUAAGGUGAUACCCUUCCCCAUUCCCCUAGUCAAAGUUGCAAGCUUUGUAAGGCCUUGGUCAAAACUGCCUUUAGGAUGGACGGUAGUCAGAUAUUGAGAGUUACCAAUGUAUUGCCAGCAGCGAUUUUAAGUAAGAGAGGGUGUGGUGGUUUUCCGUUCGAGUGUCUCAACAUUAUUGUAGCAUAUAACCUUGCUGAUUAUCGCACGCAUUUGAAAUAUUUCCCAUUUCUUCCAGAGAUAUUCAUAAGGAGGUUCUCAUGGCGAUUCUGAGCUGCUGGCCAGCAGUUGUUAUUGCCUGUAUCAUGACGUAUCUCGCUGGUGUUGUGGUCUGGGUUCUGGUAAGUUAUUUCUUACUUAACUAUGUCACUCACAAACAUUUUAAAAGAUAAAUCGAAUUAACGAAACUGUUUAAACUAACGUUGUGCUGCAUUUUUACAAAGGAUAUGAAUUGGAAUCAUGUGGACUUCCCAAAAUCGUUCAUUUCGGGAUCGCUUGAGGGAGUAUGGUGGUCGUUCGUUACCAUGACGACAGUUGGGUAGGUAGUCAAGCGUAUAGCCGUAACCGCCUGUUAAAGCAACUAAACUUAAAUCACUAUUUUUGUUAGUACAAAUUUAAGAACUUUAGAAAAAACUUACGUUCGCGGUAGGGUUAAAUUUGUUGUAGAAAGCUGGUCUAAAGAGUAGAUGGUAGCGGGUUCUAUCCGAGAGUCUGGACCACGACUCUAACGAAGGUGCUGACGGCUACAUUUCGCGAGAUUGGUAUGACUUGGUAAAAAUGGUGGUUUCUUCUUCAACUGAUUAGGUAAAAAACGAUGUCUUCAGUUUAGGACUCUUUUUUUGGCAGUUAUGGUGAUCGUAUACCUAAGUCCAUUCCCGCGCGCCUAUUUGCGUUUCUAUGGACGUGGAUCGGUAUCGCUACAAUGGCAGUGAUCACAAGCAGCAUUACAGCUUCUCUCAUGAGUAUGGUGUUUCAGCCAGAAAAGAUGCUCUAUGGCACAAAGGUGAGGACAUCAUGUACCAGCUAGGAACUGUGCUGUGUAAUCCGAUAGCUUGUUAAGAACGCUAAAAUCGGAAGAGAAGUUGGGUACGAUGGUAGAUUUUAUAUUUCAAACCAUGCAGGUUUCAAGAGCCCAGGACGCAGUGUCUGAAGGUCGAUUAGCGUUAAAUUCUAAACCGGGUUCCUUUUUCUAUCUGUUCAAAGCAUUUUCUCGGAUAAUUUUCUCUCCUUAUUUAGGACAUUGAAUCAGUGAAUUAUACACUGGCACAAAAAGCUUUUAAGCUUUCAUAUCUGAGUUCAAACUUCGCACUAGCCCCGGGUUAUCUUAACCCAGGCCCGGGACCUAAAAGUGGAAAUGGUACGAAAAACAAACAGAAAAAUAAUAAUGAUCUAAUUUAUCUCUUUUAUCAAGGCUAAAGAAGUAAUAAAUACCUAUUCUAUAAUGCACAACUUUAUGAAAGUAAAUCUGGGCGAAAACUGGGCGUUCAAUGUCGCGGGAAACAGUGCAAUAUCAUUCUCGGACGUCAUAGAUUUUGCCCAUUAAGGGGCUUUUGGCCGAAAUUGGUUUUAGUUACUGACAGAUGUGAUUUGAGCUUAAGGCAAGCAAUGUGAGCGCGCGCUGUUUUAAAAGAUUUCAAGUUAUAUAAAAAAUUUACAUCAUGUCACUUCCGUUAAUGUUAGUACAAGCCGCUGGAACUGUUUUUCUCAUUUAUUCACUCUUAAUAUUUGAUUAUUUCAGGUAGCUGCUAUUGCUAACUCAACUGAAUAUAAACUAGGACUCAGAAGAAACGCCAAACUAGACACAGGUUAGGAGAAAGGUGAAAGGUGGUAAUAUUUGUUACCAAGAGAUGAAGUUGAUGAGGCUACAGUAGUUUAUCAGUAGCCUCUAGUCAUUGUUGUCAAUUUUAGUUUCUUUAGGCCUCUUGUCACUUUUAGUUGUUAUUAUUUCCUGUAAAAGUGACCCGCCCAGAUUAGCAUAAGUACCCGCGUGCAUGUUACAAUUGUACUCCUAUCUUAAAACAAAAAUAAAUGUAUGAUCAUGAUCAUGAACCCUUAAAACUGAUUAGAAUUCACCACAGAAAAAAUUGGUGGAAAGUUUAUUUCUUUACAGCAAUAUUCACGUCUCAUCAAAACAUAAGGAUAGUUUAAUCAGGUGAAAAUUGGAGAUAAAUCAGCUUGCUUGACAUAAUACCAGUAGUACGUUAGAUGUUUAUACUUUGAGUAGCAGUCAUAAACCUGUCCCUAAGGAAUCUAAUCUUAAUGAAUGAAAAAUUGAUUGAUUUUCAGGUCGCUCGUACGGGAACUUGUACCAGAUUUAUGAAGACCUCGAAAAUGAUCGUGUACACGCAGCGCUGUUGGACUCAUACUCGACGGCGAGCGAAAGCAAGUGGUUCAGUGAAGACUGGCUCAGAGUGAUUCAGAUCAUUCCAGUGAGAUAUGAAUCUGCUAAUGGACUUGUACUUACUGGUGACGUCAUGAAGUUAGCACAGUGUUUUCGAAGUUAUGUGCGAUCAGAGACAAGUUAUAUACACAGAAUUAUACAGAGUCACGUGGGGUCUAUUGAGGUUAGAAAUUCAGUUCGAAUUCUAUUCUAUUCUAGUCAUUUCAGAAACACAAAUACCUUUGGCUAUGUUAAACAGGUACGUUUCACUGGCAUAGGUGUAGCCAGGAUUUUUCCAGAGGUACGCCUAAUUUUCUUACAAAUUAUUGGGGGUUUUGUACCGCUGUUUGCGACAUUGUCUUUGACUGACACAAGCACCCUUAGUUAACGUAGUCUUAACCCCUGCCAUUAACUUCGUCAACUGUAAAAACAGGCCCAGGUGAAAACAACGGGCGCAAUUUUCCCUCCUUUUAUCUAACUAUUUCAUUCAAAGUUCAGUCCACCAAUGAGUCAAAUCGCUUCGCUGGUCGCUGGAAACCGACAUUUGGGUGUAGAAAAAAAAAAGCAGAGUGAAAUGAAUAAUUGAGUCAAACUGUGCUUUAUGAAAUGACUAUGUUAUAUUUAUGCACUUAAUUGUCAACAUCUUUUCUAUUUGUUCCAUCUUUUACCCUCGACUUUUUUAGGUACGCAUGUGCAUACCGUGCGUAGAGGUAGCUAUGCCCCUGACAGGUAGUGUUGAAAACAUUACAGGUUAUUUUACCGCGUAGCUGUUAUCCUUGACUUUUUCAUAGUUUACUAUGAUUAAGUACGCUUUCUCUUUAGGAAACGUGAUUUAACACAUCAGCUCGGUCGGUAGACAGUAAAUAAGCGACAGUCUCUUUCAUCACCCAGUUUCGCGUCAUUUUUUCCCAUUCUCUAAUAACCCUAACUUUUGUAAGUUCCCUGAAAGUUUUUUUUUUUUUAUUUGUUUAUUGCGAACAAUAGACCUUUUUACCGAUACGGCGGCCAUAUUGAAUUAAUUCGAUAGUAAGGAGUAUUAUAGGAUGUCCAGGGGGCAUGAGCACAUUUCGUUUGUAUUUUCCCAUUUUUUCUUAAAGUUUUCUAAUGGGCAAAAAAACCAGUGUUUUGAUGUAAUAAUCGCCUUUUUUUACAGUGAAAGUCCAUAUUUCUAAUACUAAACUAGAAAAAAGGCGAAUUACAUCAAAACACGGAGCAAGGAUUUUUUUUUACAAUCUUAUUUAAGAAAAUUUACGAAAAAAUGUUUAUUUCAUUCCCUGGGAAUAAUUGGCCGCCGUAUCGGUAAAAAGGUCUAUUACAAUACACUACAUUUACAGUUCAUUACAAUAAAAUUCUAAUUAUUGAUUACUAAAUUUUACCUUACAUUGAAAUAGGUAACUGUUAUCGUUUACAGAAGGGAAAAAAGUGAAAGAAAAAGAGAGAGAAAGACAAUUCUUCAAAAAUACUAUAGUUUAUAUAUUAACAAUUAAGAGAAGGAAGUUCCCUGAAAGUUAACUAUAACAAAAAAAAAACUGUUUCGGAUUAAUUUUAGCUGAGGGUUCAGAUUCUCUCAAGUGACUUGUAACACGUUGUCAUGCCUUAUAUCACGCUGCGAUGUCUUUGUCUUUAGGCUGAAGAUGUUCCUUUUGCAGUGAAAACGUCGUCAGAUCUUCUAACGGAAGAAUCCUAUUUGUACAAACAAACAGUGAUUAUUCUAGCUGGAGCUUUAGGUACCUUUACACUUCUGGGGCUUCUCUUUCAUUAUUGCUUUUAUAAAAAAGCCCCAUCAAGACAUACAUCAGAAUCAGGUACUAAGAUUUUAUGCAAAUAAUAUACACUAAAAUGAGAAAUAGCCUUUAGUAAUACAUGAAUAGAAGGAUGAAAAUAAUGGCGUUGAUGAUAACGGUGCCAGUGGUGGUGGAGGUCUCGGCUACGAUGGUGUGAUGAUCGUGACGAUGAUGAUGAUGAUGAUGAUGACAACGUUAAAAGUAAUGGUACAGAUGAUGAUGACGAUGAUUGUUUUAGUGUUACCCAUGGUGAUAAUGGUAUAUGUGAGGGUAAUGUAAACUAAGGCUUGAAAAACCACUGCAAAAACCGUGAACGAUCAAUGUAGCUCAAAUUUGGAUCAAACAAGAUCGUGAUCAGUCGAAAAAGAUAAAAAUAGAAUUAAGGUCAAAAGGCCUACUGCAAAGACUGAGCAAACAACGUGGAAAAGGCUGCAGUAUACAAUAUUUCGACUAGCCAUUACCAGUCUUCAUCAGCUUCAUUAGGAAAAACCACGAAUACAUAGAAUAUAUACUACUGUAAAUUAAUAGCGGAAGUUACAUGGUAUGACGUGGUAAGGUGUGGCUGCUAAGAAAAAUAAACCGAAAAAUAUAUGAAGAUUACAUAAUGAUUAUAGCUCGUCACAUUUGUUCAUUUUCAGAGGCUCGAUGGUUUUGGCUUUAUGAAUGAGGUGCGCCUCACGUGCUUUCCUAAGACAAUCGCGUUCAUAUCUAAGUGUUUCAAUUGGGAUAAGUGACAUAUGGGAAACAGAGUGGCUAUUACUGAGAAAGUGUUCUGAACUUCGGUUUGGAUGUAACUACCGGAGGGGUUAAGUUUAGGGCGGCUAUGUUCAUUAAAACGGUCCUUGAGGUGGGGUUUGGUUUCCCCAAUAUAUAUAUUAGAGGCGGCAUUGAAUCAUGUAGAUAGUAUUAAAAGUAUUACAAGUAAUGUGAGAUUUGAUUUUGUCAUAUGUAGUGAUAAGGGGUGGUGGUGUUGACAACGUUCAAGAAAAUGAAAAUAGCGUUGGCUAUGUUAAUAGCGGUGGCGAUGGUUGUGAUUUUGGCCAUGAUAAUGGUGGUGGUGAGGAAGAAUGAUAGUUAUUAUCAUGAUGACGAUGAUAAUAGUGGUGAUGAUGAUAAUGAUGAUGGCCAGUUAAGCGAUGGUGGCGACCCGGUAAUGGUAUAAGUGAUGCUGAUGAUGAUGAGAAGGACGAGGAUCAUGAGGAUGGUGAUGAUGAGGAUGAUGAUGAGUCUUACAGUUUUGUUCUGAAUUCUUAUCUCAGCAGAGGACAUCGUGGUUGUAAAGACAAACGGCUCUCAAAUAAAACGAACUGAGACGAUAUCACAACUAAAGGAGGAUAUUUCUGAAUUUUACGAAUGUUUUAAGAAAAAUUAUUUGGCUUUACGCCACAAGCACAUAAAGGAACAUAAAGAGCUUAGAAAAGUGACCGAUGACAAAUAUGGAACAGGCAAGCGGCAAUUUAUGUUUCGUUAUUUUAACGUCAGUCUGUUAGAUAUUAUGUUCGAUUAUAGUGUAUUUAAAAUAUAUAGUGUAUUUAUAAUAUUUAUAUAGACAGUCUUAACGGUAUGUAUAUAACUGGAAAUAGUUUAGUUCGGUUUAAUUGUGUAUAGGUUAAUUUAAUCAAAAAGCAAAACAAAAGUAAGUGGUUUGGAAUUGCGCUAGACAUCAGAAAACGUUCCGGCGGGUCUAAAAUACAGGUCACUUUUCAACAGGUCAGAGUACAGGUCACUAUGAUACAGAUAAACGAACAGUGUCUCCUAGCCCUAAUAUCUUAAGAUGCUCUCUUAGAUCGAGGGAAAUCUGUGUGGUUUGGUAAUUCUAGUCGAUAGAGCAGUGAACCUGUACUCUUGACCUGUGGAAUGUGGCCUGUACUUUAAACCGGGCCGGAAACGUUCUGAAUUCAAUUUUAGUUACAUUUAUGAAUUUUUUAAAAAAGCCAGGUGUAUUUCCUAAGAAAGGAGAGUUGUUUCACGACAUCUCUUUAAACUGAUUACAGUGUUAAAAUGUACAAAGGAUGGCUACCUGUUUAGCAAAAAGGUUUGAACUUAGUUUGAAGUUCAUAAAUUUCAUAUUAAAUAUAUACAGUCGACUCUCUCUUAGCGGACACCCCUAUAAGACGGGCACCUCUGUAAAACGGACACGAAGAGUUGUUCCCUGCCUUUCUUUACUCCUUUUACAUGACUCUUUAUAAGACGGACAUCUCUCUUAGACGGACACUUAGCACCGGUCCCAAAGAAGUCCGUCUUAGAAAGAGUUGACUGUAUUUAUAUUUUUUAUACACUUUCUUUUCACUAGGAACCAAUGUAAUCAAGAGCCUACCGGAAUUUACUGCAAGUAAGUUGACUGUGCAACUGGCAUGAGCUUCUUGGUAUCGGACCACGUUCAUCUUUUUCGCACCUUACCGUUAGUUAAGUAACUUGUCCUUAGUGACUUAAAAAGUCACAGGCCCAGUACUAUUACACAAGAAGCCCUUUCACUCAAUUCUCUGUAGAACCAAUAUUGAACAAAAAAAUUCCUAUCGUAAAAUUUUUAAGACUCUAUUAACCCUGAUAUUGCCCAUUUUAAUUCUCCAGCUUCUAUUGAAAACAAAACUCUGCUAAAUAAAUAACAUCUAACUGCUACCUUUUUCAUGUAGGUCGCAGGGGGCAGUACCAGGUGACUAAAGAUGCUGAUGUCAACUCAAUAUUUGAAGGAAUGGACCUGAGCAUGUUCGACAAAAGGAACAGCAAACGAUGGCGCUUCUAG